AAAAUUGGCUGCUUGGAAAUGCCUUUAGCAGAUAUGUUGGAGUUGGGGGAAUGUGCUUGUAUCAUUGGUGGGUGGCAGUUAAGGAUCUGGUGACUUCUGAGGAAGGCAGUGUGAAUUUCAAGGAGGAGUGGGUUCUGCUGGAUCUGAACCAAAGUACCCUGCAUAGGGAAAUCAUGGAGGAAGAUUUUGGGAACAUGGCUUCUCCGGGUGUGUCUCUUCUUCUUAGUGGAAUGGAAGAAGCCUCACCAGAACCAGAUCAGAGUCCAGUGACCUUUGAGGAGGUGGCUGUGCUGGAUGCAGAGCCAAGAGCCCUGCACAUGGAAGACAUGGAGAGGGAUUUUGCAGUUGGGUCUUCUCUGCCAGGUUACAGACAGGAGAGUGAAAAUGAGAGAGGAUCUCAUGGAGAAUUGUUGGAAGGCACCAUAUGUGAAAACAGGGAACAGCAGGAAAGAAACACGGAAGCAGAACAAGAGAGGAGUAAUGAGUCUUCUGCUUCUCAGCAAGGGGACUUCCAUGAAAUCACCAUCCAAGAAAACACGGAGGAAGAAGAAGAGAGUCUGUGCUCUGUAAGUGGGGAAAGCUUCAAUUUUGAACCAGGCCUUCAGCCUGAGUGGGACAUGGAUACGGAGAAGAAACCAUAUAAAUGUUUGGAAUGUGGGAAGAGCUUCCGUUGGAAUGCACACCUGACUAGACAUCAAAGAACCCACACUGGAGAGAAACCGUUUAAAUGCUUGGUAUGUGGGAACAGCUUCAUCAACAAUGGAAAUCUUGCGGUACAUCAAAGAAUCCACAUGGGGGUGAAACCAUAUAAAUGUAUGGAAUGUGGAAAGUGCUUCAGUCAAAGAUCAGGCCUCAGUUCUCAUCAAAAGAUUCACACUGGUGAGAAACCAUACAAAUGCUUGGAGUGUGGAAAGAGCUUUGCUCGAGUUGGUUCCCUUACGUUGCAUCAAAUGAUUCACACGGGGGAGAAGCCAUAUAAAUGCUUGGAGUGUGGGAAGAGCUUCAGUGAGAGUGUCAGGCUUACUAUACAUCAAAGAACCCAUACGGGGGAGAAGCCAUACAAAUGCUUAGAGUGUGGAAAGGGCUUCAGUUGGAACAAAGACCUCAUUUCACAUCAAAGGAUUCACACUGGAGAAAAGCCAUUUCAGUGCUUAGUGUGUGGAAAGUGCUUCAGUGAGAAUGGAACCCUUACUGUACAUCUAAGGGGCCACACAGGGGAGAAGCCAUACAAAUGCUUGGAAUGUGGAAAGGGCUUCCAUCGAGCUCACUCCCUUACUUUACAUCAAAGGAAUCACACUGGAGAGAAACCCUAUCAGUGCCUGGAGUGUGGAAAGAGCUACCCUCGAGCUAGCUCCCUCCUUAUACAUCAAAGGAUUCACACAGGGGAGAAACCAUAUAAAUGCUCAGAGUGUGGAAAGAGCUUUAGUGAGAAUGGAAGUCUUACUGUACAUCUAAGGGGUCACACAGGAGAGAAGCCAUACAAAUGCUUGGAGUGUGGAAAGUGCUAUCCUCGAGCUGACUCCCUUACUUUACAUAAAAGAAUCCACACUGGAGAGAAGCCCUACAAGUGCUUAGAGUGUGGAAAGAGCUUCUUUCGAGCUAGCUCCCUCCCUUUACAUCAGAGGAUUCACACUGGGGAGAAACCGUAUCAGUGCUUGGAGUGUGGAAAGAGCUUUCUUCGAGCAGACUCCCUUAUUAUACAUCAGAGAAACCACACUGAGGAGAAACCAUUUAAAUGCUUAGAAUGUGGAAAAAGCUUCCGGCGGAGUGCACACCUUACGCGGCAUCAGAGAAUCCAUGUUGAGGCCAGACACAAAAUGGCCGCCGAGCAAGAGACGAUGCCAUCAGGCUUAAGUAUCCCUUUACAGGCUGCUCUAGAGCAGGGGUUGCUGCCGGGAAUGAAAAUGGAGCAAGAGCCUGCAGGCCUCCAACCACGGGAGGGCUGGGUGGGCACAUGGCCUCCUCAUGUCAAGAAGAAGGAAGUCCUUAACUGGACAAGGCCGGUCAAGCAGGAGCCAGAUGAAGGGUUGGCACAGCACUGGGAAGCCCAGUGGCAGGAGUUCCUGAAGACUGUGGAGUCCCCUCACUUGCAGGGGGCAAACCCACAGUCUGCGGAAGGACCCAUGGCCAUGGAAGGUGUGGCGGUGCAUCUGGAUGCUUCAGAGAAGCCAGCCGAGGCCAACCAGUGGGCUGCAGGAGAGCAGGGAACUCGAACACGGCUGGACCCUGGCAAAGAAAACCCAAACGCCUGUAACCACUUGGUGAAGGAAGAGGACCUGGACGAGGCCAUGGGAAGCACGGAGAGGCUGCGCCAGCACUUUAGGCAGCUCCGUUACCAAGAGGGAGAUGAGCCGCGUGUGCUCUGCAGCCGGCUGGGGCACCUUUGCCACCAGUGGCUGAAGCCAGAAAGACGCACCAAGGGCCAGAUCCUGGAGUUGCUGAUCUUGGAGCAGUUCCUGGCCGUCCUGCCGCCAGAGAUCCAGAGCUGGGUCAAGGAACAGGGAACGGAGACCUGCACUCAGGCAGUGGCCCUGGCGGAGGAGUUCCUGCUAAGGCAGCAAGCGACGGCAAGCCUAGAGGAGCGAGACUUGAGGCCAGAAAGGAAUGAUGUGUCAGUGAAUCAGCCCAAGGAAGAGCAGACUGUCUUUGAUUCAGACCUCUCCAAAAAGACGAAGCAGGAGGAGGAUGUGGUGGGUGACCAUUUAGUAGAGAAUGAUUCUUCCAUUGUGACCACAAGUGUUAGCUGGAUGUGUGAGAAUGAAGAGAACUGUAUGCCAGGAUUUUCUGAGCAAGUCAAAAAGGGAAGUGCUUUGGAGAAUCCAUCCAGACCUAAGUGGGCACCAGAACAACACCCAGGGAAGGAUAUAGGGGGAUCCGUUAAUAGUGGGAGAGCAGACGAGGACUUUGAUGGGACUACAGCCCAGCAGAAGAGGCUGGCGAGUGAGAGACAGACGACUUGCAAAAUUUGUGGAAAACGAUUCAGCUGGAGAAUGGAUCUGAUUAAGCACAAGAAGACCCACACAGGAGAGAAACCUUACAAAUGUCUGGAUUGCGGGAAAAGCUUUAGCCAGAAAUCUGAUCUUAGCAUCCACAAUAGAAUCCACACAGGAGAAAAGCCCUUUAAGUGCUCUCAUUGUGGUAAAAGCUUCAGCAGGAGCACCAACCUCGUGGUGCACGAGAGAUCGCACACAGGAGAAAAGCCAUACAAAUGCUCAUACUGUGAGAAAACCUUCUGUGCCGGGUCUCAGCUUAUUAGCCACCAGAGAAUCCACACAGGAGACAAGCCCUAUAAAUGUUUUGAAUGCGGAAGGACUUUUAGUUGGAGCGCAACCUUCAGGAGGCAUCAGAGAAUCCACACAGGUGAGAAACCGUAUACAUGCUUGGAAUGCGGUAAAAGCUUCAGUUUCAGGUCUGUUCUUAUUGCUCAUGAGAGAACCCACACAGGAGACAAGCCACACAAGUGCUCAGACUGUGGGAAAAGUUUCAGCCAGAGGGCACACCUUAAUAGUCACCAGAGAAUCCACACUGGAGAGAAACCAUUUCAGUGUUCACAGUGUGGGAAAAGCUUCAGCCUGAGAUCAGUUUUGGUUGCCCAUGAAAACACCCACACUUUAGACAAGCCACACAAGUGUGUUGAGUGUGGGAAAAGUUUCAGUAACAAAUCCCAGCUUACAAACCAUCGGAGGCUGCAUACGGGAGAUAAACCUUAUAAGUGUUUUGUCUGCGAGAAAAGAUUCAACUUGAGUUCCCUCCUUACUGGACACCUGAGAACCCACACAGGAGAAAAACCGUAUAAAUGCUCACACUGCGAGAAGAGCUUCAGCGGUAGGUCCACCCUUGUAGCACAUGAGAGGACCCACACGGGAGAGAAGCCGCACAAGUGUUCAGACUGUGGGAAAAGUUUCAGCCAAAAAACAAACCUCAAUAGUCACCAGAGAACCCACACCGGAGAGAAGCCGCAUAAAUGCCCAGACUGUGGGAAAGGCUUCAGUCAGAAAUCACACCUCCUGAAUCAUCAGAGAGACCACACGGGAGAGAAACCCUUUCGGUGCUCAUGCUGCGAUAAAAGCUUUAGCUCCAAGUCGACCCUGAUGGUGCACGAGAAAACCCAUUCAGGAGAAAAGCCGCAUGAAUGCAAAGAUUGCGGGAAAACCUUUAGUCGGAAAGCACAUCUUGCUAGGCAUGAGAGAACCCAUGUGCCAGACGAAGCAUUCUUAGUGUUCAGUCAAUAGAACAGUUACUGUGCGACCGGAGACUAUUCUAGAGAAGAGAAGCACGCUGUAAAUAAAUUCUAUAAAUCUUUGCUGUGGGAAGAACCCUAAUUAACAGCCCAGUCCUGUACAUGUUUGUUGGGAGUAAAUCCCAUUGUACUUGAUGGGAGUUCGUGAUGGACCACUCAAUAAAAAAUAUUAACUUGGUUUGUGGCCGC